AUGAGUUACGCCGAUAUUGCGGCUAAAGGCCCAAAGCAGUCUCCAGAAGAGGUUGUUCCUUCCCUCGCCCCUUCUGAGUCCGAAUCCGCCAGCUUGAUCGACGUUGACUCUCCUCAUGUUACUUCCGUCAAGUCUGAUUUCCAAGAGCAAGCCGUGAAGACCGAGACUCAGGCAGAACGACUCCAGCACGAAGCAGAGGACCAGGCCCGUAUCGCAGCCGAGAAGGCCGAAAGCGCCAAGAGAAAGGCUGCUACCAAGGGCAAGUCCGUCAAGGACGCAUUGAGGAAGGAUGGCAAGAAAUUGAGCGACAACAGAGACAAUCCUGUCGUCGUGGGCAAUGCAUUGAUCUGGGCCAUCACAGCAGCCACUCUUGGCUACGGUGCCUACAAGAAGCACUCUGAAGGCAAAUUAGACUGGCAACUCGCCGGGAAGGCUGCCGGAUUCGUUGGUGCCUUUGCUGUGGCCGAUUACUUUGGCAGCAAAUGGCUCUUUGAGAACAAGUAUCCUCCCAAAUAG